CCGGUGUGUCCUAACGUAAGUUAGCUAGCUAGUAGUGUUAAUUUAUAGCUACAUUUUGUUGGCUUUGAUGAUAAACUCGGGUACAAAGGUUAUUUGCUUCGUUUAAUGUUUUAAUUGCUGACAUAAGCUAAACAAGGCAUGGGGGCUAGCCUCAACUGUAUGCUAGGUCACAUUAUCUUUAUUAUUAACUUAGCAAAUAACGUUAUCACUCUAGAAAAGGUCUAGCCACAGAAAGAAGAGGGGACAUGAUGACAACCGAUGAUAUGGCAUGCAAUGAGUUAAUUAACAUAGAUGUUGACACCCUUGCCCCCCAUGAUUUAAAACAAGAAAAACUCCAACUUUCUGCAACUCUACGAAAGUACUACUCAUUCUGUAAGAGGAGGACAUUUGGUACAUUUGUGGCAUCCAAAAGAGCUUCAACAACAGUUUGGAAUUGCUGUGGCCAGACCUUCAAGGAACUUUCUUCCAUCCAUAAACAUGUGGCAAGGACUCAUGACACUGACAUUCACCAGCUUACCCAGUCCACAUUUGAGGUUUUACUGAGCCAGAUUGAGAAAGAAGCCACUUCACAACAACAAUCAACAGAGAAAGAGCCAGUGGACAUUUCCUCCUGGAUACCUGACACCAGUCACAUCACUGGUGACCAGCUUCACAAACCAGCAAUGGGGGAUGCAGAGUGUUUUUGUGACCUGAGGGUUGGAGUCUACAAGGAAAUAGUGCCAAUGGGAGUGGACCGUGAUGCCCUCUUCUACAGUCUAGCAGGUACUCAAUUGGAACCUGAAGAAUUCCACAAAGAAGUGGAGGCUCUUUUGUCAAAAGGUGACUCUUGCAAUGAUACAAUACUGCUGGACUGCCGGAACUUCUACGAGAGUAGAAUUGGCCAGUUCAGCCAAUGUUUGGCCCCUAACAUCCGAAAAUUCAGUUACUUCCCCGAUUACGUUGACCAGAACCUUGACCUCUUUCGAGACAAGAAGGUCCUUAUGUACUGUACCGGUGGCAUUCGCUGUGAACGCGGCUCAGCCUAUCUCCGCUCAAAACAUGUGUGUAAAGAGGUUUAUCAGCUGAAAGGUGGCAUUCAUAAGUACCUGGAACAAUUCCCUGAGGGCUUCUAUCGCGGCAAACUGUUUGUGUUUGACGAGCGCUUUGCAAUCUUCUCCAACAGUGACAUCAUCUCAGAGUGUAGGUACUGCAAUUCUCCGUGGGACCAGUACCAGCUAUGCUCCACACACUUCUGCUGCCAGCUGGUUCUUUCCUGCUCUGCCUGCAGACAGGGUGGUCACACCAAGGGCAAGGGAGAAGAGCCCCCUGCCACACCUCCACAGAGAGAGGAGUGUCCAGUAGGACAGACCUACCCAUCCACAUAUCCUCCGGGGUACUAUGGAGCAGGGCCUCAACAGCAGGGCUACCCAACCAUUUCUGGACACUGUGCCCCUGCCCCCAACAAAUCUCCCAUUACGAACAAUGACCACAGUGCUUACUACCACCACAACAGCCACCAGCAGCCUAUUGCUGCACCUACUGUAGCCCCCUCUGCAUACAGAGUAACUCAAGGCUCCCAUCCUCCCUCUCAGCCCUAUGGCACCCUUCCCACCUCAGUUGCCCCUCCAAACCCCCAACAGGCACCUCCAUUCCAACAAACAUCCCCCUACGCACCGCAUGGGGCCUACCAUGGACAGCAGCAGUACCUCCCCUCCCAAGCGCUAAUCUAUCCCCAGCAGCUUAACUUGGUGUCAGCGACCCCCAGCAGCCAAGGCACUCCCAUGUACCCCAUUGUCUCGUACCCCUCUGCACCAGGAAGCAGCCAGUAUGGCACUUUGCGUUCCUCCCAGGCUCCCACCGGCCCAGGAGCCAUUUCCAACCUGAUAGGCGCUCCCCUCCACCAGUAUCCCCCAGGAAAUGGCACCAGUCACCCAGCAUCUACUGCAGCGGUUCCCUCUGGGCAUAGCAUGGCUCCACCCGGCCAACCAGCCACCGUCAACGGCCAGGGUAAUGCAGUCCAAGCCCCAGUCCUCCAGCACUAUGACCAAAGCCACCAGGCAGCCAUGGCACAUGACCACUACGGAGUCACACACAACACCGGGGGUGCUGAUGGAGAUAGACCACCUUCAGGAACCCCCUUCACUUCCUCCCCGGGGCAUCAGCAAGGCAUGCACUACGGAUAUGUAGCCAAUAGUGGCGCUAGCUCUGCCAACGCCUCCACCAACGCUGCCCCCUUGUCAUCCAGCUCCGAUGAGGAUGUUGAUGAGGAGGAGGAUGAGGAAGCAGGUGGUGAUAGUUCCUCAACUACCACUGGCAGUGCGUCCCCGGUGCCCAACAGCUACGACUCCCUGGAAGGCGGCAACUACCCAGAGUCCUCCAUUCCCCCCUCCGCUGACAUGACCAAACAAGCCCCGCCCUUUGGCUAUGGCUACCCCAGCAUGCAGCCAGCUUAUCAGCAGAGGCCGUCCCCCAGGACAGACUCCUCCCCCUCACACGGCAGUUACAACCAAACUGGCUACCAGCAUUUGUCACAGCCCUUCCCUAACAUGUCCCAGCUGUCUGCGGCCCUGGGGGGGCUGAGCGGUGUGCCAGAGCUGGAGGUGGAGGCGCUGCGGCCCGUCAACCUGCUGCAGGAGAGGAACCUUCUGCCCCACCGGCCCUUGGAUGCCCCCGAACCCAACCUCAACGCUGACCUCAAGAAGGCCAACUGCAGCCCGGACACAUUCAGGUGUACCCUGACCAACAUCCCACAGACCCAGGCCCUGCUGAAUAAAGCCCGGCUGCCUCUGGGCCUCCUCCUGCACCCCUUCAGAGACCUCGCACAACUCCCAGUGAUCACGUCCAGCACCAUAGUGAGAUGUCGCUCCUGUCGUACCUACAUUAACCCCUUCGUCUCCUUCCUGGACCAGAGGAGAUGGAAAUGCAGCCUCUGCUACAGGGUCAACGAUGUUCCCGAUGAGUUCAUGUACAAUCCCGUGACCCGAUCCUAUGGAGAGCCCCACAAGAGGCCAGAGGUGCAGAACUCCACGGUGGAGUUCAUAGCCUCUUCAGAUUACAUGCUGCGGCCUCCUCAGCCUGCAGUGUACCUGUUUGUGCUGGAUGUGUCUCACAACGCGGUGGAUGCAGGCUACCUGGACGUCUUCUGUCAGACCUUACUGGAGAACCUGGACAAGAUGCCGGGGGACACGCGUACCCGAGUGGGCUUCAUCACCUUCAACAGCACCAUCCACUUCUACAACCUCCACGAGAGCCUCUCGCAGCCCCAGAUGCUGGUGGUCUCCGACAUCGACGAUAUCUUCAUUCCAACCCACGACAGUCUACUGGUGAACCUGAAGGAAAGCAGAGCGCUGGUGAGGGUCCUGUUGACCUCCCUACCUGGCAUGUUUAGCCAGACCAGGGAGACCCACAGUGCCCUGGGCCCGGCGCUGCAGGCUGCCUACAAGCUCAUGUCCUCCACAGGGGGCCGCGUCUCCGUGUUCCAGACCCAGCUACCCACGCUGGGUGCCGGCCUGCUGCAGUCCCGGGAGGACCCUAACCAGAGGUCCAGCACCAAGGGGGUCCAACACCUGGGCCCAGCCACAGACUUCUACAAGAAGCUGGCCCUGGACUGUUCUGGUCAGCAGAUAGGAGUGGACCUCUUCCUCCUCAGCUCCCAGUACUCUGACCUGGCCUCACUAGCGUGUGUGUCUAAAUACUCAGCGGGUAGUAUCUUCUACUACCCCUCGUUGCACCACGUUCACAACCCGGCCCAGCUGGACAAGUUCCAGAAGGAUCUGGAGCGCUACCUCACCAGGAAGAUCGGCUUCGAGGCUGUCAUGAGGAUACGCUGCACCAAAGGCUUGUCCAUCCACACAUUCCAUGGGAACUUCUUUGUGCGCUCGACGGACCUGCUGUCCCUGGCCAAUGUCAACCCAGACUCGGGCUUUGCUGUGCAGAUGUCUAUAGAGGAGAGCAUGGCCGACACCUCACUGGCCUGCUUCCAGGCUGCACUGCUGUACACCUCCAGCAAAGGGAAGAGGCGGAUCAGGGUCCAUACUCUGUGUCUGCCAGUGGUCAGCCAGCUGAGUGAUGUAUAUGCCGGGGCUGACGUUCAGGCAAUCACCUGCCUCCUAGCCAACAUGGCCAUUGACCGGUCGAUAUCGUCAAGCCUUUCGGACGCCCGGGAUGCCCUGGUGAAUGCGGUGGUGGACUCCCUGAGUGCAUACAAGAACACAGUCUCGAAUCUGCAGCAGUCUGGCCUCAUCGCCCCCGCAGCCCUCUGUCUCUUCCCCCUCUACGUGCUGGCAUUACUCAAACAGAAAGCACUGCGCACAGGGACCAGCACAAAGCUGGACGAGCGCGUCUUCGCCAUGUGCGAGUUCAAGAGCCAGCCGCUGCAGCAGAUCAUGCGCACAGUCCACCCCGACCUCUACCGCCUGGACACCAUUUCAGACCAGGGGGCGCUCCACCUGAACGACUGCAUAGUGCCCCAGCCCCAUCUGCUGCACCUUACGGCUGAGAAGCUGACCAGAGAAGGCGCUUUCCUCAUGGACUGUGGCAGUGUGUUUUACUUGUGGAUUGGUAAAUGCUGUAAUGAUAUGUUCAUUCGAGACGUGCUGGGCUGCCCAAACCAUGCUUCAAUACCCCCUAACAUGACCCAAAUUCCUGAGCUGGAAACCCCUCUGUCUGAACGACUGCGCGCACUCCUCGCCUGGCUACAGGACUCGCGAACCUUCAGCUCAACACUUCACGUCCUGAAGGAUGAUGCUUCAGCUAAGACCAGCUUUUUCCAGCACUUGGUAGAGGACAGGUCGGAAUCGGCCUUCUCCUACUACGAGUUCCUGCUCCACAUCCAGCAACAGAUGACCAAGUAGAACACACGGAGUAGAAGGCCCUUUGGGCCUUGUGUAGAAAAAAACAGUGAACGUGGCACAUGGUGAACAGGAAGUUCCCUCAGACUUACCGUAGAGGGGACAACACAACCAACCCAACCCCACCCACCCUAGUGGUCCGGUCAACCACGGCCCAUGACCCGGGGGAGGCAGGUGGAAGGACCAGAAAGAAAAUCAAAAAUCAGAGUGACAAAGUGAAGAUGACUUCUGGAGUUGAAGUGAAGAUGACUUCUGGAGUUGAAGUGAAGUAAUAGGCCGUUGGACUCACAGAUCAAGUGGUGUGCUCUGAACGGGCUGCUUCUUCAACCAGCUCGCUCCCUUGAACCUUUCCCCUAUCGUCUCUCAGCCGCUGUCGUAGCUCCAUGUAGCAUCUCCAAGGGAAAGCCAAAGAUGCUACUUCCUCAUCUGAUUAAGUUGACCCUUCUCUGAUACGCCUCCGCAUGCUGUGGUAUGAUCCACAUUUUUUAUUUAUUUUUAUUGCCAUACAUCCUCCACAUCCUCCUCCCAUUUCCUCCCUCUUAUCUUCAAACACAUUUGACAACAUUUGACAUAAGAGUACAGCAUCCCCCCUCUUUGUUUUCAGUGUGUUCUGGAGCUACCUCUGUUACCAUUGUGUUUGCUGCUGCUAGUCGGGUAAUUGGCCAACCUCUGCUUAACAGGAUGCUAGUCAACAGUGGUUGAAUACCCCUCCUCUGCACCUCGACUCCUCUCCCAGCUGUUCAAAUCCUGUCGUCAGAUGAAACUGAAACCUUUGUAAACUGCCGCCCUCUUGUUUUUUUUGAUCCGCUACCAGACGUUGCUAUCCACUUUGUAACUAUUGAAAAUAAUAUUUUAUGUGCAAUAAUUUAUAAUUUACCAGCUUAUUAAAUAAAAUGAAACAGUA